UCUUUCGUCGUCAGGUGAAAAAUUUUCUCAUGAAAUUUUAUAAAACAUAUGAUAAGUAAAACUCGAUUAAUACGUCAAUCCAUCGACAUAUAUAGAAAAAAAGAAUGUUUUUUGUGCGAUUAAAGAUACUGCUUUUUAUUUUUUUUCUUCCGAGAAUCGUGAUUUCGUACGAAUUUUUUUCUAUCGGUAACGAACACGUUAACUUUAUCGUUGAUAUUUGCAAAUUAUAUCGAACGAAGCCGAUAAUAUUUUUAUAUGGCCAAUCCAUAAAAGAAAUGGAAAUGAAAACGACGAUGUUCAAACUGACGCGUGCACUUUCUCGAGAAGGUCUUUCAACAACGAGCUUUUAUCUUUCGGAAUUGCAUAAAUCAUUCUAUCACGCAAAUCGAAUCGUGCGACCUUAUUACAUCGCGAUUAUAUCUAAUGACAAUGACAUUAAUGAGUUUUCCUUAGUAACCAGUACCUUAGAUAUGUCAUUUCCCAUGUGGCUAGUUUUAUUUAUUUACAACGGACAUGAUCCCGAUUAUUGUCAUAAUCCACCAGGUAACAUAUUUCAUUUAAGAUUUGAUUCAGAAAUGUUGGUACGUUGCAAUACCGAAAAUAUUUUACGAGAAUGGUAUUCGAUCGAUAUCGAUUCGAAUCGAACCGAGAUCGAAGAUUUAGCAACCUGGAGUAUAGAAAAAGGAAUUACUAAAAUUGCUUCAGAUUCUCUUUAUGAGAGAAGAUAUAACUUAAAGGGUUUCACCAUGAGAGCCGUUUCAAUAAAGUCUUCACCAACAAUAUACAUGAACAGGCUUGGCGAAUUAGACGGAUUAUUAGGUAGAAUGUUACGGGAACUUUGUGUCACUCUGAAUUUUAGUUUUAAAGUUGUCUCGGAGGUAGAUUCUUACGGAUUAUGGGACCCGAAGGAAAACAUUUGGACUGGUGCAAUUGGUGAAUUAUAUUCUGGACGCGCAGACGUUUCUUUUUCUGCAUUUAGUAUGACUAAAGCCAGAUUAAAUGUCGUUGACUUCACGUUCCCUCUUCUCGCUUCAAAAAUUUCUCUUUACAUACGCGAACCAGAAUUAUUCGCGUUCAAAUGGUCAUCUUAUUUUUUAACUUUCUCGAAAUCUGUUUGGAUCGCUAUAUUUGCGGUAUUAAUCGUCGUACCAAUUUUACUGAUUUUUUUAAAAAUGAAGGAUAAAAAUGAUCGUAGCAUGGCACAAUUAUUAUCCGAUAAUUUUGUGGACAUUUGGGGUAUAUUUUGUCAACAGGGACUGGCAGAUUUUCCUAAUAGAUCUUCAUUAAGAAUAGCAUACUUCUCUAUAAUUUUAUUGGCGACCAUCUUGUCGGCAGCAUAUUCUGCGUCUUUCAUUAGUUUUUUGACGGCUGGUAUUCAUAUCUUACCUUUUCACUCAUUAGAGGGCUUCGUCGAAGACGGUACUUAUAAACUUUCCGUUUAUCGCGGUACAGCUGAAUAUGAAAUGUUCGCAAAUUCGAAUGAUCCGCUUGAAAAAAAAAUGAUGAAGUUGAUGUUGGACGAGGAAGAAUUGUCAGCAAAUAUUCUUGAAGGAUUCAUCAAGAUUUGCGAAGAUCCUAAAUUGGCGUUGUACUCGUCUGAUUUAUUAAGGGAUGCUGUAUUUCUCGAAAUACCAUGUAAAAUUGUUCGUCUUGAAACAGGACGUGUAGACAGAUUGGCAAUGGUUUUAUCGAAAGACAAUCCGUUCACCGGUGUAAUUAAUUUUCAAUUAUUGAAAUUUAUCAACAGUGGUAUGAAUAAUCGUAUGAAAGACUUAUCAUCCGAAAGAAAAUCUAGUGAUAUGAUUCAACAUCAACCGAUUGGGAUUAACAGCGUCAUAUCUCUUAUUUUUUUUAUCCUAAUUGGUAUAAUAUUGAGUAUUUUUAUUUUGUUCAUAGAAAAAUAUUUGUUUGACUCGUAAAAUAGAAAAGAGAUUUAAUUUUACGUCCAUUUUUAUUAAAUCGUCUGGUGUUUGUUAUGUAAAAAUAUUUUAAUGAUAUACGAUUUU